GUGCAUCAUCCUCCUUGUAUUUUUGUUGCAAAUGAUUUUAAUAUAUUAACUAUUAUUUUUUUUAUCAUAUAUGCAUAUGUUACAUGUAUGUGGGCAAUCUAUACAUCAAUCUGAGAAGCCUAAUUUGUUUUAGAGUUUAUGUUUUUCCUAAAAUAUAUAUACAUGCACACAUACAUGCUAAAAAAUAAUAAUUUUAAUACCCCUACAAUUAAAUCCCAAUUCCCAAAUUCAACAUUGAGUUUGUUUGUUUGAAAUGAUAAAUCUCACGGCCAACAAUUUGAUUUAUUGAUUUUGUCCCAACCGUUUACAAGCUAGCGAAGUGAUAACUGAUAAGUCUUUGGUGAUAUAGUAUACAUCAAUCAGGUGAGAAAGGUGCUCUUAUUCUUCAAUUUCAACAUUUAUUCAUUCAUCAUCAAAUCAACCAAAAAACAUGACUUUUUUCUUCCCCACUAUAUACUCUCUCCUUUUGUUCCUUCCUCUUUGCUUUUCUUCAUUUACUAUGGGAGCCACUCUACAAGAAGAUGAAGUUAAAGCUCUGAAAGACAUAGGUAAAACACUUGGAAAGAAGGAUUGGGAUUUCAGCGUUGAUCCAUGUAGUGGUGGCAAUAACUGGAUAUCAAAAUCUGAAGAAAAUGCUGUUACCUGCAAUUGCUCUUAUCAAAAUAACACUCUCUGCCAUGUUGUUAGCGUUGUUCUAAAAGCACAAAACCUUUCGGGUACUCUUCCACCUGAUCUUGUGAGAUUGCCUUUUGUCCAAGAAAUUGACCUAACCCUCAACUAUCUUAAUGGUACAAUUCCCAAACAAUGGGCCACAUUAAAUCUUGUAAACAUUUCCUUCUAUGGAAAUCGUCUAUCCGGUCCAAUUCCAAAGGAGUUUGGAAAAAUCACCACUCUCAAAAGCUUGGUAUUGGAGUUCAACCAAUUAUCUGGAAAUCUUCCUCCAGAACUUGGGAGUCUUUCCCAGAUUGAAAGACUGCUUCUUUCCUCCAACAAUUUCACUGGAGUAUUACCUGCAACAUUUGCUAACCUCACUGCAUUGAAGCAAUUUCGAAUUAGUGACAGUCAAUUAUCUGGAACAAUGCCCAAAUUUAUACAGAACUGGAUACAUCUUGAGAUGCUCGUGAUCCGAGGGAGUGGUUUGAGUGGGCCAAUACCUGCUGGAAUUUCACUUUUGAAAAACCUUACUGACUUGACUAUUACUGAUUUGAAUGGAUCUGAUUCACCUUUUCCACAUCUUGAAAACAUGUCAAGGUUGUCAAAAUUGGAAUUGAGGAGUUGCAAUAUCGCUGGAGCAUUGCCUGAUUAUCUUGGAAAGUUAAUUAAUUUGAAAGUGAUAGAACUCAGCAACAACAAAUUAAGUGGACAAAUCCCCAUGAGCUUCCAUGAUCUAAAGAACAUGUAUUUGCUAUUUUUAUCCGGGAAUCAUUUGUCUGGACCGCUGCCUGACUGGAUAGAUAAACCAGAUUUUGUAGACCUGUCGUAUAACAACUUCACUAUAACGAAAUUUGAGCAGCAGACUUGUCAGCAAGGAAGUGUGAACUUGUUUGCAUCUUCUUUGAAGGGAAACAGUUUAGGAAAUAUUUCAUGUUUGGAAAACUAUAAUUGUCCUAAAACUUGGUACUCUCUCUAUAUAAAUUGUGGUGGAAAGAGCAUAACAUUCGACGGAAAUAAGACAUACGAUGAUGAUUCAAGUGAGAUGGAACCAGCAAGGUAUCGUCAAUUUGGGACAAACUGGGCACUAAUAACUUCUGGUCACUUCUUUGAUAGUGGGCGCCCUGACUACUAUAAAUGGUCUAAUACAACAAAGCUUGCUGUGGACAAUGAUGCUGAACUUUACAUGGAUGCACGCGUUUCUCCAAAUUCUCUAACUUAUUAUGGAUUCUGCCUUGGAAAUGGAAACUACACUGUCAAUCUCCAUUUUGCUGAAAUAAUGUUCAGUGAUGAUAAAACAUUUAGUAGCAUUGGAAGGCGUGUAUUUGACAUCUACAUUCAGAGAAAGUUGGUGGUAAAGGAUUUCGAUAUUGUAAAAGAGGCAGGUGGCGUUGGUAAGGAAGUCAUUAAAAUUUUUACUGCUAGUGUGACUAGAAAUGCAUUGGAGAUUCGAUUAUAUUGGGCGGGGAAAGGAACAACUACUAUACCAUUUGGAUCAGUAUAUGGUCCUCUUAUAUCAGCUAUAUCAGUUGAUCCCGAUUUUAUACCCCCAUCGGAAAAUAGUAGAAGCAUAUCGGCAGGAGUUGUUGCUGCAAUUGUGGCUGCAGGAGCAAUUGUUAUCAUCUUGAUAAUUGGCAUACUGUGGUGGAAGGGUUGUUUAAGACUGAAAUGUUUAGGAACAAGAGAGAAAAAGGCUUCACAAAGUGGCUUAUUCACCUUACGACAAAUCAAAUCUGCAACAAACAACUUCGAUGAAUCUUUCAAGAUUGGAGAAGGAGGAUUUGGUCCAGUUUACAAAGGUGUUCUAUCAGAUGGCACAAUAGUAGCGAUUAAGCAGCUAUCUUCUAAAUCAAAACAAGGAUCUCGUGAAUUUAUUAAUGAGAUAGGCAUGAUUUCUACUUUACAACACCCUAAUCUUGUUAAGCUAUAUGGCUUCUGCAUGGAAGAUGAUCAGUUGUUGUUGAUAUAUGAAUAUAUGGAAAACAAUAGCCUUGCUCAUGCUUUAUUUGCCAAGAAAGAAGACCUGGAAAAUCGUCAAUUGAGAUUGGAUUGGAAAACUAGGAAGAGAAUUUGUAUUGGCAUUGCUAAAGGUUUAGCUUACCUUCAUGGAGAGUCCAAAAUAAAGAUCAUUCAUAGGGACAUCAAGGCCACCAAUGUGUUGCUAGACAAAGAUCUCAACCCCAAGAUAUCAGAUUUUGGUUUGGCAAAGCUCAAUGAAGACGACAAAACCCAUAUGAACACCAGAAUAGCUGGCACUUAUGGAUACAUGGCUCCUGAGUAUGCUAUGCAUGGCUAUUUGACGGACAAAGCAGAUGUUUAUAGUUUCGGAAUUGUUAUGUUGGAAAUUGUUAGUGGAACCAACUACACUGUUAGCCAUCCUCAGGAGGAAUGCUUCUCUCUUCUUGAUUGGGUGCACCUCUUGGAGGAAAAAGAUGAUCUAAUGGAACUCAUUGAUCGGAGAUUGGGUGAAGAUUUUAAAAAAGAGGAGGUAAGAAUGAUGAUCAACGUGGCUCUUUUAUGCACUAAUUUUUCGCCAUCGCUCAGGCCCUCCAUGUCUUCAGUAGUAAGCAUGCUUGAAGGAAGAACAAAUGUUCAAGAAGUGGUGGCAGAAUCAACUGAGGUAUUGGAUGAUAAAAAAUACAAGGUGAUGCAACAAUAUUACAAACAAAUAGGAGAAAAUAGCACGAGUGAGGCUCAAAGCAUCCAAACAGAUGACUCUCGUGCCUUUAUAUAUGAUACAGAUUCUUCAAUCAGGGAACACAGAAAUUAGGAAAACUAUAGAACUUGCAUUAAUUAAGCAAUACGUUUCUCUUAAUUAUGUAACUGAUUCAAGCAGCUACACAAUGUACAUUUCCUCGUUACCAAGGAAAUGUACGGAUGCCGAUCAGAUGUUGUAACUACUUGAAGCAGUUACACACAUUAGGCGAUUUACAAUGAGCUGGGGAUCAAAUAACGUACUAUCCAAACCCUUCACCACUAGACCAAACCUAGUGGCUUCACACAUUAGGCGAUUUCAGUCAUAUAUAAAUUAUUAUCCAACGACCCUGAUUUAUUUAAUCAGCGUAAUCAAUUUUAUACAUAAUCUAACCUCAACAGUUUAUACCAACUCUUUUUUGUGUUCAGUAAAAUAAAAAAAUAAUAUUUUUGUUGUUAAA